AAACGGCCACAGUGCUGUGCGAGUGUUGCGGCCGGAUAAACGUGCAGGCGCCAUAGCGGUUGUGUGUGUAUACUGCGCGCGGCACGGUCGGUGUGUCUAUCGAGUUGAUUGCGUCUCUGGACGUGUCGACGAGCACAGUCGUUCGGAUGUCCCCCACAUACAGCUAAAACAAACCAAAUAAUCGCGUGAGCGUGCAGUAUAUAUGUAUUUGUAUAUAAAAUAAAAUAUAUCCAUAACUGCGACGACGGCGAAUUCGGUGGUUUCCUGCAUGUGCUCGACGUCGGGUUCUACAGCCGGUCCUCGACGGGAAAAAGCGUACGGAAAACGACUGCCGGGUGGCAGCGGGUACUCACGUAAAGUCCAGGAAGUGCACCGAUAACACUGCGCUACAGCGGGAGUCCUUGAAAGACCAGCGUGUGGGUAGCGUAAAAUCAGCUGAAGUAGCAGUGCAUCAGGUCAUAGCGGAGGCUCUGGCAACCGUUGUGGUGCUGCAGGUGCAAGUGCAGGUGCUAAAAACAUUCAAGUCACAAUAGUCGUCGUCGUCGCGUAAGAGCGGCUCGCGUCCGCGUGACAAGAGACCCGGAGAGGGCUGUUGUUGCGCGCGGAUGGGCUGCGAUCUGGGCAAACUGGCCAGCUCGGCCACGUCCGGCGACGACCGCGGCGGCAAGCACAAGGACGUGCUGCAAGAACCACCAAGCCCAGGCCCCCCGGAYCCCAGGCUCCCGCUGACGGCAAAGCAGAAAUACAGCAUGAUCGCAUCGUGGAAGGGCAUAUCCAGGGCAAUGGAACCCACUGGGGUAUACAUGUUCAUCAAGCUUUUCGAAGAACACCAAGAACUUCUCCAAUUAUUCACCAAAUUUGGCGAACUAAAAACCAGGGACGCACAAGCCAACAGUAUGGAGCUAGCCGAACACGCUAACAAAGUGAUGACUACACUAGACGAAGGCAUUAAAGAACUGGACGACCUUGACAACUUCUUCCAGUACCUAACCCAAGUGGGCGCUACACACAAGACCAUACCAGGCUUCAACCCGGACUAUUUUUGGAAAAUCGAAGUGCCAUUUUUGGAAGCAGUAAAAACUACAUUAGGUGAUCGGUUUACAGAAAACAUCGAAACUAUAUAUAAAAUCACCAUUAAACUCAUAAUUGAGACAUUAGUCAAAGGAUAUACAGAAGCCCCUGGGCCAUGAAAAAAGAACCACACAGGAGCUUAAUGAAAUCGUAAAUUUCAUAUCAUUUCAAAUGUUCAGAUGAUCGAAAAUAAUAAUAUUAUAUUCCAUUGUCAAACAAUAUGUUUUAAUAUGUCAUUUUGAAAUUAAAUUUAAAAAACAAUAAAUGAUAAGCUCAAAUUUAUUAACUGAGCGCAAUUUGUAUUAAUGUCAUAAUGUCAAUUUGAUUAUCAACGUGUACCUAUACAUAUAACGAAAUCAUAUU